AUGGCGGCGGGGCUGUGGCGGCGCGGGGCGCUCUGGGCCGCGCUGCUGCUGCUGGCGGCGGCGCAGGAGCCGUGGCGGCAGCUGAUCCAGUGGGAGAACAACGGGCGGCUCUACAGCCUCCUCAACAGCGGCGCCGAGUUCGUGCCCGCCGGGCAGGAGCGGCCCGCGGGCAGCCGCCUGUGGCUGGCGGGGACCGCGGGGACCGCGGGGACAGCGGGGACAGCGGGGACGGGCGGCAGCGUCCGCCGCCAGGCGCCCGCCUCGGGGACAGUGCGGGGACAAGCGCGACAUCCCUUCGGGUUCGGCCAGGUGCCGCCCAACUGGCGGGACGGGCCGCUGGGCGACGGCGCGGGGGGACAGCGGCGACAGGCGGGGCGCGGGCGGCAGGCGGGCGCGACAGCCCCGGGGGUGGCCGUGUCGUCGUUCGCCUUCGCCUCGGCCGGACAGCCGCCCUUUGUCGCCGCGGGGGUGGCGGGGCAGCCGCCCUUUGUCGCCGCGGGGGUGGCACCGCAAGCGGAGCGCCCCGACGGUGUGCCCGCGUCGCGGAGCGCGCCCCGCGCGCUUCCCGAGGAUUUCGGGGAGGAGCCGCAUCCCUACGGAGCCGCGGGAGUGCCGCUGGACCGCCGCUACUCCCACAGCCUGUACCACGACGCCGACGCCGAUCCCGGGCUGGGAUCCAUGGAAAAUCUGGGAUUCGGGGCGCAAUUCCCGCCCCAGGAGGCGCAGCCGCCGUUCCGGGCGCCCGAAUCUUUUGGGGUGGCUCACCCCGAGCCCUUCGCUCCCGAAAUUCCACAGGCGGUGCCCGACAGCCAAGCCCGGCUCAGUGUGGGCAGCGUCUACCGGCCCAGCUUUGGGGCGCGAGGAAAUUCCCUGGGAAAUGGGAAUUCCUCCCGAAGGGCGGGGCCAGCGGCACCAGUGCCAGCGGUGCCAGCGGUGCCAGCUGUGCCAGCAGUGCCAGCGGUGCCAGCGGUGCCAGCGGUGGCAGCGGUGGCAGCUGUCCCCGUCCCCGUCCCCAGCACGGCGUACGCGGCCGAGGCCACCGACUACGACGUGCGGGUGCUGCUGCGCUUCCCGCAGCGCGUCAAGAACCAGGGCACGGCCGACUUCCUGCCCAGCCAGCCCCGCCACCGCUGGCAGUGGCACAGCUGCCACCAGCACUACCACAGCAUGGCCGAGUUCAGCCACUACGACCUGCUGGAUGUCACCUCGGGCCGCCGGGUGGCCGAGGGACACAAGGCCAGCUUCUGCCUGGAGGACACCACCUGCGACUUCGGCCACCUCAAGCGCUACGCCUGCACCGCCCACACCCAGGGGCUGUCCCCGGGCUGUUACGACACGUACAACGCCGACAUCGACUGCCAGUGGAUCGACAUCACCGACGUCCCCCCGGGGAACUACAUCCUCAAGGGAAUUUUCGGGGAUUUUCCCACAGAUCCUGACGGCAGCCGGAUCCCAGGAACGUCGCCCGUGCCCUUUCCCGGGAUGUUCCCGAGGUGGCUCCGCUGCGUUCCCAAAAUUCCUUUUCCCAAUAAAAAGCGGGGAGGCCACGAGGACUCUUUGGAAUCUUUUUUAUCCCGAAUUUUCCCGUUUUUCCUGGUUUUUCCCCCGUUUCCCGACGGAAUCCAAGACUGGAAUCAAAGCAGGGACCCCAAAAUGCUCCAGAAAAUCCUUGUGAUCCUACAAACCCUCGGGGAUUUUUGGGAACGUUCCCAAAGUGGGGAAGGAAACAGCUCUGGGAAUUUGGGGAGGGAAAUCCCAUAAUUUUUUUUUUUUAGGGAAUUUUUCUGCUUUCCCGCCUUUAAUAAAGCCGGAGAGAGCGGAAGUUGGGAUUUGGGAAUUUUUGGGCUGGGAAUGGGGUCAGGAAUGGGGGACAUUGGGAUUGGGAUUGGGGACAUUGGGAAUGGGAUUGGGGA